AUCACUUUCGAUUGGAGUCGAGUUGCAGAGUGGUGAAGAGAGGGAGACAUGAGAGGAGAGAUGGAGAUGAGAGCAGGCGAAGCCAUAGAUAUGGGAGAGGACAUAAUACCCCCAAUCCCACCCCUCGCCUUCUCCCUCCACGACUUAUUUCUUUCCUCUCACUGCUCCGCUUGUUCUCGCCCUCUUAAUGAUAAUAACAAUAAUCCCUCUGCUUUCCUUCCUCUUCUCCCCACCAAUUCUGCCAAUGUCUCCUCCUCCUCUAUUCUCUACUGCUCCUCCCUGUGCUCUGCCGCCGACUCCGAAAUCCACGUAUCGAGCGGGGAGUACCACCUCCUCCGCCUUUUCCAAUCAGAGCCGAGCACUUGGACUGAUGACACUUCCGACCUCCGCACCUCCCUCCGCCUCCUCCUCUGCUUUGAGAGGCUGGGGCUCCUCUCCCGCCACCAAAACCAAAACCAUCACUACCAACCAAACAGGAUCCCUAGCAGAAUUGCUGGUUUGAUCAGUAAUCGCGAUCGAGUGGAAGGUGGCGACCCCCAAUCCGAUGAGAUGUUCGCAAAGAUGCGUCAAGGCGCAAGGUUGAUGUCUCUCGCACGAAGAACGCGUGAUCACUCACUCCCCACUCCCACUUCCACUGCGAGUGGACAUGAACAUGAACCUGAACAAGAACUUGAGGAGUUUGUUCUGUGCCAGGUGUUAAUGAACGCCGUGGAAGUGCAAAUUAAAGAGGGGCACUCCCUCGGUGUCGCUGUCUACGGACCGGGUUUCUCCUGGAUCAACCACAGCUGCUCUCCUAACGCCUGUUAUCGGUUCCUCCUAGCUGGGUCGGAGAUUCAAACCUGCGGUGAGUCAGGGUCUAGUAUUGUCGCCAGUGGUGAUGCAGAACUAUUGAAGGCAUGGGUCUGUGAUGAGAGCAAAUUCAGCCAAGGAUGGUGUGGGUAUGGCCCGAGAAUUGUUGUGAGGAGCAUCAAGCCAAUCAAGAAAGGAGAGGAAGUGUUCGUGACAUACACUGACUUGUUGCAGCCUAAGGCAGUGAGGCAUUUGGAAUUGUGGAUGAAAUAUCGGUUUAUUUGCAACUGUAGGAGAUGUAGUGCAUCACCAAAGGCAUAUGUGGAUUGUAUUUUGCAAGAUAAUGCUGCCAUCCUCAGGGCUACCAACUCAAUUUCGGAAAAUGGUUUCUGCAGUGAUGAGGCAUACGGAGAUCUCAGUGAUUUUGUGGAUGAAGCUAUAAGUGAAUAUCUGUCAGUUGGGGACCCUGAAUCUUUGUGUGAGAAGCUGGAGAGUAUGCUCAUUGGAAGUAUGAGGAGUGGACAGAUGCAACCAACGGGGGAGCCAUUGCAUCCAAAUUUGAAGUUGCAUCCCCUUCAUUAUCUCUCUCUGAAUGCCUAUAUCAGUCUGGUGUCUGCCUAUAAGGUACGAGCAAGUCACUUACUGACUCUUCAUUCAGAAAUGGGCGAUCAUCAGUUCAAAGCUUUUGACAUGAGCAGGACCAGCACUGCAUAUUCUUUGUUGCUUGCAGGGGUAACCCACCACUUGUUCCUCUCUGAAACUUCCUUGAUAGCAACAGCUGGCAAUGUAUGGAUUGAUGCUGGAGAGUCCUUGUUGGGUCUCUCUAGGAGCUCAAGAUGGUUGCCUCAUUCAGAACUCCUAUCCUCCCUUCACAGUAGAUGCAGCAGGUGCAAAUUGAUUGACAAAUUAAAAACAAUUUCAGCUUUUCCUUCGUCUCCAAGUGUCUCCAGACAGGCAGAAUUUGAAGAGUUAUCUGAAUGGUUUCUUGACUGUGUCUCAAGGUUUUCACCACAGGUCUGGCCUUUCUUGAUUCAUGGACAUCCUUUCCUUAGACAUUUGACUGAUCCUGUUGAUUUCAAAUGGCUUGGAAUGCCAAGAACUUCCACUGUUGGGGACUAUGUCACUGAUGUCAGUCUUGAUUAUGGGGAUGGACGAAGUUGUGGUGUAUGUAGAUGUAAAGAGGAGUGCACCGAUGGAGAAAGGAAAACUUCCUAAUUACCCACGUUUGGGUUUCACAUUACUAAAUUGCCCAGUUUGUGUUUGUGUUUACAAAACUACCCAAAACAGUUACUCCACUCAACUGACAGUUUAUUUUUCCAUUUUUAACCCCCAACUACCUCCAGCUCCCCCAUUGUUCGAUCAUCUUCUCUGCAUCUACCCGCCCAACCCUCCUGCAACCCCGUCGCUCCCUUGCUCCCGCCUCCCGUUCUUGUUGGAAAUUGGAGCUUCUCAUCGCAAGCAACAAUUGCCGCUGCCCUCUCUUUUCCAUCCAAUUACUUCGAUUUUUAUCUGUCUUUUCUUGAUUUAUUAACAAGAUUUUAAUUUAUGAAGUUCUCUUACAAAAAUCGAGAAAAGCAGAGUAGUGGCUGGGGUUAGAGCUGUUAGAACCAUUUGUUCCAUCCUAUUGUCUUAUCUUCUUCUUGCUCCUCUCUCUCCAUUGAAAGCCUCACUUUGCUUCACUAGUCCCAAAACCCUAAGAAAAUCCUAGCUUUAACUCUUCUCUCUUAAGAGGAGAAGAAGAAAGGAUGAAUUACUCGCAUCUCAUUCUUUUUCUUCUUCUUCCCUCUUGUCCCUUGCCCCUCUCCCAGUUUCAGUUCAUAAACCCUCUUCCACUCACAGAACUUUGUUGUGUUGCAUCUUCAGUCAAGCUUCAAACAAUAACAAUUCGGUAUUGGAUGUACUCUAGGCAAGCAUGGAACGAGAGGAUACUAGCAGGUGGUGGUGCGGGACUGCAUAGCCGGGGUGGGGUGGUGCGGGGCAGGGAAGGAAUGGAAGUUGUAGGGUUAGGCAGAGUGGUCAUCGAGAAGGGUGAUC